UGUGAGGAACGGACGUUCGAGAAGUUCGUGUCGACCGGCAAAGAGUUGCCCCAAUGCUCGGCCCUCUCGUCGCCCGGGAAGGAGGCGUCCGCUGAGGAAAAAGAAAACUUCGCGAAAGUUGUCAUAUAUUUCCAGUCAUUGAGUUAUCAGGAGAUCAAUCAGUUUCCCAAAUAUACAUUGACGGCACUGUUGGGUGCGAUCGGAGGCAUUUUGGGCGUCUAUUUGGGCUUUUCAUUCAUCGCUAUCUUCGAGUUGAUUGAA